GUUAAACACAGAAUAUUCUCUUGUAGUGCUAUUUUACUUUAAAUAUUGGUCAUUUCAAACUUUAACUCUUAUUUUUAUUUCUGUAGACUUUCAAGGGAAUGACAACUUGUCCUCUCUUCAGGGUCGUCCACAAAUUAAACAACCUGAUAAGAAUAGGAAGAAACUGGCAUCUGCAAGAAAGAACUUGGUAACGGCCUCUCAGCACCCUAGAUUUCAGCCCAUUGUGAAGCUAACAAGGAUCGAUGCCAUCAAAUCUCAAGGAGUGUACAAUCUAAAUCCAAUCCGCCAACAGUGUGUGAGAACAUUUAAAUACAAAUUGAAUUCUAAAGAUAAAGGAGGGAUUCAUGGGAGUAAGAAACCAUAUCACUGUCCUGAAUGUGGGAAACAAUUCUCAGAUAGUCACAUGCCUAAGAAACGCAGGGAAGAUAAUACAGGGAAGGAGCCAUACCACCGUUCUGAAUGUGUUAAGAACUCUUCAAAACACAGCCAUACCACAACUCCCAUUGUAGAGAAACCAUAUUUGUCUAAACGUGGCAAACGAUUCUCACAAGUGAGCCACCUUCAGACAGACAUGAUUGGUUACAGAGGACAGGGUUUAUAUCGUUGUCCAGCAUGUGGUAAACAUUUCUUUGACAAGAGCCGUCUUUGCAGACACAAAAGAAUUCACACUGGAGUGAAACGAUAUUGUUGUUCUGAAUGUGGCAAACGGUUCUCAAAAUCAAGCAAUCUUCAGACACACAUGAGAGUGCACACAGGAGAACAGCCAUUUUCCUGUUCUGAAUGUGGCAAACAGUUCUCACAAGCAGGCCAUCUUCAGACACACAUGAGAAUGCACACAGGAGAACAGCCAUUUUCCUGUUCUGAAUGUGGCAAACGGUUCUCACAAACAGGCCAUCUUCAGCAACACAUGAGAUUGCACACAGGAGAACAGCCAUUUUCCUGUUUUGAAUGUGGCAAACGAUUUUCAAGUAGCAGUAAUCAUCUGAGGCAUUUAAGAGGUCACACUGGUGAGAAGCCCUAUUGCUGUCCUGAAUGUGGCAAAAGAUUUUCCAACACAAGCAAUCUUCUGCGUCAUGCAGAAGUCCACGAUAAAGACCAUCCUUAGGCCUGUUCUGAAUGUGGCAAGAAAUUCUCACAAAGAGGCAGUCUUCAUAUACAUAUAAGAACACACAUUUGAUAGAGGCCAUAGUCGUUUCCUGAUUGUGACAAGCUAUUCACCAAUAACAGCAGCCUUCAUAGACAUAACAGAAUUCAUUCUGGAUUAAGGCCAUAUUGUUGCUCUGAAUGUGGCAAGCGAUUCAUACAACCCUGCAGUCUUCAGCGACACGUAAGAACUCACACAGGAGAAAAGCCAUACUGUUGCUCUAAAUGUGGAAAAACAUUCAUACAGAAAACACAUGAAAAGUCAUGCUAAAAAGGCAAAGUCCAAAGAGACUGUAAAUAACAAAAAGAAAAAUCUGAAAUAAUUUAGUCAGGUGUGGAAAGAAAAUUGGAAUUGCUCUGCUAGUUGGUUACACAGAAUGCAUUUGACUAAAAUUGGCAGACUCAUUUAGGCAACGCUGCUUAUUAAUUUACUGUAAGUGGCUUUUGCACUAAUGACUAUUGCACAUUGUACACAGGUCUACUUUACAAGUUCUAAUGUUAUUUAUCUUAUGUUAUACUUCUAUGCUUUUUUAUAUUUUAUUGUACUACGAAGUUGAGAGAGAAACCGUAUUUUGAUUCUCCUGUAUGUUCUGCACAUAUAGUGAAUUGACAGUAAAAGGCUAUUUGAUUUGA